CUCUCGUCGCGAUGCAUCCGUCUGAGCGCUCCCUGCAGCGGCGGGCGACCUUCGUGGCGCCUUCAACGCUGGCAUCGAGGACAUCAGGCAUGCUGGACCUCCGCUUGCAGAACUCGCUCAUCUCCCAGGUCUCCCAGGUCUUUAGGAGGUGUCGGGUGCUAGUCAACAAGCUGUUCAUCCAGAACCCAAGGGUGGCCAACAUGUUCGAUGCCACAAACAGCGCCCUCAGCUUCGUCGAGUGCCUGAUCUACGUGGCAGAAUCGUACGAGAAAGAUGCGCUUGCACGUGCGGAUGAGGUGAGAUGGAUGCCGCGCACACGGAGAUGUAUCAACCAAAGACGAUAUGUGCAUGCGUGUGUUUGUCGUUCUUCAGUUUUUUGCAACGCACCUUGCGUUUUCGUUCUUCUUUUUGUUUGACUACCUGCUUCGGCUGGUGGCGUCGCCCAACAAGCUGGCAUACAUCCGGACGUGGUCAUCGCUGCUCGAUGCGGUGACCAUCCUGCCCGUCUUUGUGCAGUGGGCACUCAGGGAGACUGUCAAGCUGGAGGUGCGAGUGCUGGACUUCUUCUCCCUGCUUCGUAUAUUGAGAAUUCUGCGGCUCUAUCGGCUUGUAGCCCACUGGGUGCUGUGAGACUGGGUGGACAUUGUGGUGUUGUCUUGUGCCUGGCGACAUCUGCAUGUCGUGUGCUGCUGUGUGUUCAGGAGUCACUGCUGUAUCGGCAAAUAGCGGUUGUGAGCCUCACGAUUUUCUCGCUGCUUUUCAUCACGGCAGGGUGGAUGGAACUAGUGGAGGACCUCGACAACAAACCCGAGAAAGAAUGCUUAGAAGAGGUCUGCCGCAUGUGUACAUCGAUUGGACACACAAUAGUCACAUCGUACAUGUGUGACUGUCUUCGUGUGCGUAGACGAUGCUUCAGUAUGACGAUCUGCCGCUGCGAUAUCGGGAGCGAAUCUGCCACUUGGACGUUCACGACUGGAUCUACUUUGUCAUCGUCACCAUCUCCACACUGGGAUACGGAGACAUCGCACCCCAAACAAUCACCGGCAGGUGAGUCAUUGCACAUGUCGUGUCUCCUAUCUACCCAUCCAUCCAUCAAUCAAUCAAUCAUCCGCUUGCAGGAUGACCGUGGUUGUCCUGCUGUCAGUGACGAUUGUCUUGCUGCCGCAGCAGACAAGCCAGCUCGCUGAGCUUCUCGAUGUGCAGGUGGGCCUCCACUGGCCAGCAAUCCAUGCAAUCAGUGUCUAUCUGUCUGUCUGUCUGUCUGUCUGUCAGGCAAAGUAUCGCAAUGAUUACUUCCGCAUGCCAUCGAAGAAGACCGUGCCGCACAUCGUGUUGGUGGGUCACCUGCAGGGCGAGUCGCUGCAGGAAUUCCUCAGGGAACUCUACCACGAGGACCACGGCGUGCAAAACCAAAACAGGCAAGUGCUGUGGACGGCACCCAUUCAUCUGUGUACGACGCACUGUUGAUGCGAAGUUGUGUGUGUGGUAAUGCAGGCCGCUUGUGAUGAUUCAGCACGACCUGCCCACACAAAUGCAAGAAGCGCUGCUGAGGUAUGCGCACAUAAUGUGUGAGAGUCAGACGAAUGAGUGCGUUCCAUUCAGGAAUCCAAAGUACACCGCGAAGCUGACAUAUCUGCAGGGCAGCCCCACAAACCCGAAGGUGACUUACAACCAUUCGACACAUGUAUCGCUCGCCAAUAUCUCUUGUGUACAGGACUGCAACCGUGCUGCAGUGUCAUCAGCCGCCGUGGCAGUGUUCAUGGUGGACAGGAAGGCCUCCGACCCGCUGGUAGAGGAUGCACGGACCAUCAUGAGUGCACUGUCAAUCAAGAAAGUCGCACAGGCCAAGGAUGCAAAAACGUCUAUGAGGUAUGACCGGACAUUGAUCGGGCUGGAGACAUGCAUUUACUUGAUUGUUUCUUGAUUGUUUCCCUCAGGUGCGGGCUUCAGGUGGUCAAGGCUGAGUCUAAGAUCUUCUACCGGCUGUGUGCCGACAGAGACAAGGGUGGGGGUGAAUUCAUUGCGGUUAUAUGCUUGUAUCUCGUACUUUUCGAAAUGGUGCAGACAUCAAGCGUCAGCGGAUGUCGAGGCGCUUCUCAUCGAAAAAUGACCAAGUGACCAAAGCAAUGCACCAAUGGGAAGGCACUCAUAUGCCAUGAAAUGUCUGGCUGCAGGUUGUGUGCAUAGAGGAGAUAUUGGUCAACAUCAUGGCCAAGUCCUGUCUUUGUCCCGGAUUCGUCACUUUGGUGCACAAUUUGGUGGUCGCUGCCGGCAGCCUCAGCGCCAAACAAAUGAGCGACACAAACCUUUUCCCCAAUGACGGGUGGAUGCGCAGCUACCUAGGCAAGCGAACUGGCAGUAUCGACGACACACAGAGCAGACGGGAAUCAAAAAUGAGAUUGUGAAUCCCUGUGUGCGUGCAGAGGGUGUGUCAUAUGAGAUGUAUCGCACGGCGAUAUCGGCAACCUUCUCGGGGUGGGCAUUUGAGGACGUGGCCAACUUCAUCUUCCACGAAUUCCACGCCAUUCUGGUGAGGACAAAGUGACCCGGUGAGAGGUCAUCUCUCUGUACCAUGGCGUGCGGUGCAAUGCAGAUAGGCCUUGAGUUUUCCACGUCUGAGGGUCCGAUCAUUGUGCUGAACCCCACAUCAUACAAACUGCGCGGACACCACCACACAGGCAGCGGCAGGUACGCACAUGCAGCCAGCAAACAAUGUAUCUACUUUUUGGUCUGCGUGUUUGUGUGUAUCUGCGAUAUGUCUGCAGGUCAAGCGGCAUCUACGGCUACGUGAUAUGCGGCAGCAAGACAAGCGCAGACGACAUCGCCACAUACGAGUUUCGCCGGGGAAGCAGAUCGCCCAUCAAAAGGCUCUUUACUCGGACCAGCUUCCGCAUGAGCGCAGUAGGCUCUAUGAAACAAUCAGGCAGCACACCUCCACACGCCUUCUGUUCGCUGUCUUUCUGGUCGCCGUCUGCUUCUGCAGGAGGCCUCCCCCGAAGCCGCGAACCUCCCAGGCGCCGUUCACUCCCGCCGUUCCGCCUUUCCACCAGCCGAUCGACACGAUCAUGACGACGAUUCGCACUCCAUUGCUUCAGCAGUGAGCAGCAAGGCGUCCUUCCUGGCCGAAUCAUCUGCAGCCCCGUCUGACUCGGACAGACACACAAUAGCGUCGGUUGGCGGUGGGGGCCUGCAGCGGAGACAGACGAUGAAAGUCAUCCGUGAGUCUAUCGUCUCAGUGUGGAAACGGGUGUCCUCAGUGCGGCUGUUGAACUUCCGGCGACCGAAUCUGACGACGACUCAAAGCCGUCGCUUGAGCAGAAGGGACAGCCCUGUGUCGCCGACGUCACCUGCACACGAGGAGGAGACGGGCACUCUGACCGACACGGCACUCGUGCGGCGACCAUCCAUCUUGAGGCCGCCGGGCAUUCAGCGUCGCCGCUCACAAGUAACAAUAGUGGACCGUGAUCGCUUCUCGGAGGGCAGCUCUGCCGAUGACAUCCAGCCGCCAAUGGCAGAGAGAAAAAAAGAAGAAGCGCCGCGGUCGCCCUCGCCGUCUCGUCGGGCAUACUAUGGCACGCUCACGCAAGGGCAGCCUGUGGACGCCCUCGAGACCUACUUCGACGCGGACGACGUCGGAUCAAGUGACGAUGGACGGAUGAAAAGGGCCGCUAAGGACAAAAGGACAACGGGGCAGAAAAGCAGGGCGGACAAGGAUCUGGCAAAGCAGGCCAAAAAGGUUCCUCGGAAGCUCAUCUAUGAGUCACUCGCUCUGCCGGUAUGCAUCUCAAUGAACGUCUGUGUGCGCAUGUCUGGCUCACUGCUGCAUCGCUUGCGUGCAGGGCACAGAUUGUUACGUGCGCCAGCACGUGUUGGUGUGCGGCAUGUCCACUGGACUGAUAUCGUUCAUCAACUGCCUGCGCGCCACCUACCUGCCCGCACACCAGCCGAUCGUCAUCCUCAAUCCCACUGUCCCUGACAACUUUCGACGCUUGCUGCGACGAAUCCCAGACGUCUUCAUCGUACAAGUGCGUCCAGGGAGAGGGAGGGGGGUACAGUACUGCUCUCUCUGUGUGCUGUUGGAACGAAGGACCAUGUCGUAUGUUCAGGGGCAGGCGAGUCACUUCUACGACCUGCUUCGCGCCAAUGCGUUCGAAGCCGACAAGGCCGUCAUACUGCCGCAGCUCAAGAAAAGAGCGUACGUGACGAUCGCCUGCCGGCAUGAUCUUGUCUCGCCUGCCGAUUGAUGGUUUGUCCAGGCACGGCCAGAAGGCGUCAGAGGAGCUGGCAGCAGCAGGAGCUUGCGACGACAUCCACGGCCCGGAGAGUCAGGGGGACAGCGAGCUGGUCCAUGACAGCGAGGCGCUGCUGAUCUUCCAGAUGAUCCGCAGCAUCAACCCAUAUGUGCAUGUCAUCAUGGAGAUAGAAAAGGCCUCACAUCUCAGGCUGCUCGAGACAGAACGAGUGCCCGAGAAGCUGGAGCAGGUAUUGUCUGCAUAGAAAGAGAGAGAUCGACAUCAAUGCAUUCUAUUCUCUAUGUGUGUGCGUGUGUGUCUCGAUCAGAGCUACAGGGACCACAACUACACCAACUCGCCUUUCUUUGCCGCGGGGCACAUAUCCCUGCCGUCGAUCGUCGACACCAUCUUGGCGCAGGGGGUGUACAACACACACCUCAUGAACAUCAUCGACGCACUACUCGUCGCAAGGCAAGCACGGCCCACCUGCACGCCUCAUCCGCUGUCCACCUAGGUGUGUGGGUGGGCGGGUGGUGUCGUGUGAGCAGGACUCAGGACGAGAAGGUCAAGGCGAUUAUGGAGAGGAAGGGGCUUAAAAGCUCAAACCUCUUCCAGAUAUCCAUGCCGCCUGACUGGAUGUACGCAAACGAAGAGACACAGAGAAGCGGAUUUCCAUCUGUUGUCCUUGUUCUUCCCUCACUCAGUGGGGAUUACGGGCUGGACGACGACCCGAGCAAGACGUUCGGCGCCCUGCUGACCUACAUGCUCAAACAAAUGACACCCAAACUCACACCACUCGGCAUCUACAGGUUGGGAGACACACAUACACAUGGACCAAGCUGAUCACGGACACAUACUCACUUGUUGACCGUCAGGGCUGCCGGCACCUCAGACAAUAUCCUGCCCUUUGUCAUCACAAACCCGCCGAAAGACUUCGGGCUCAAGAACACCGACAGAGUGAGUCAACGAGCACACACAGACACCCGGAGCACACACAGAGAAGCCAAUUUCCAUCUGUUCUCCACGUUGAUGUCAGAUAUUCUGUUUGGGCAGCCAGUUGCCAGCCUACGAACACGAGAGCAUCCGUCGGGUGGCCGCGGCCGCCGUCCGGCCACCCGUGCAGCCGUCAGCCACAGCCGACUGCGGGCCUUGCUCCAACGCCAUCAACCAAGACGACUGGAACACACUUACCGUCAGCCAGCCAGCCCGCACACACAUUGACACGCGGAGACGGAUGGGCGUGUCUCCCCCUGUGUGUGUGUGUGUCUAGAGUGAGCUGCAGCAGCUGUCGAGUGCGUUGCGUGGGAUCAAGUCAGCCGAGGGCUUACGAGAUGACGAGCUGCGUCGGUUCGUUGAGCAGGCCAUGGAAGAUGAAUUUGCCGUGCUGCGAUCAUGAGGGAAUGACGAGGGAGGGGAGGGAGGGGGUGACGAGUGAGUCAUGAAGAGGGGUAGACAGACGGGGAGGAACAGUCGAUGUGUCGUGGGCCGUGUGUGGCUUUUGUACAUAGGUGUGUGUGACAUACAAUUGCUUUG